AUGGCGGGAAAAGAUUUAUCCGUAGUUUUAUUUAUCUAUAUCUGUACUGCCAUAGUAACUGUGAAUUCACAAAAUAUGACCAGGUUAGAAAAUCCACAAAUUCUGUCUCGACAAGGAACACAAGAUCAACAGCGUAGGAUAAUUGAUGGCCAACGCGUUACUUCCCUUGAUCAACGUGUUACUUCCCCUGAUCAACGUGGUACAUCCGCUGAUCAACGCAUUUCUUCCCUUGAUCAACGAGUUUCUUCCCUUGAUCAACGUAUUACUUCCCCUGAUCAACGUAUUUCUUCCCUCGACCAACGAUUUACCUCUCUAAACCCUAGAGGAAAUGACAUACAGGGAAUAACUUCCUUGCAACAACGAGGAACAGAUGCUCAGACAAUUGGUUCACAACAACGCAGGGGAAAUGGAGUUCAAAGAGUCACUUCCCCUUCUCAAAGAGGAAGCACUAUUCAACGGGGUACCUCCUCCCAACGCAGACGAAACUUAGUUCAACUUGUCACUUCCCCUCAACGCAGAGGAAAUUCAUUGCAAGGUGGCACGUCUCCUCAGGUGCGAAGAGGUGACAGUUCACGUAGAAGUUUAGUUCAGUUGCGGAGAAGUAGUCCACAGAGAAGAGCCACGGUAAAUCUACAAAACUUACAACGCAGUUCCGGAGCUAUUCCUCGGGCAAGAAACUUUCAGGAAAGUUUACGUAAUGUUCCUAGAAGGGAUCCUAGAACCGGAAUGAUAACACGUGGUUUAAGUCCCACCAGAGUGACUUCCGGUCAACAGCUACAACGCACAGGCACAAAUAUCAAUCCGCUAUGUGCCCCACCGCGCUCUAUAAGGUGUUAUUCAUGGCCUAGGAAUCAAGAUCGUCGGGGCGCUUAUAUGUGUGAUGGCAGGUGCCAGGGUAGGUCCUGCUCUAUUCCAUGCGAAUGUUCAUGUGUAGACCCUAGAUUAAUUGAAAGACUGAUGGCUAUGGGUAGAAUAAGUGGACCUGAAUUAACACCGCUUGAUCCUCGGCUAAGAGACACCAGGAGACAGAGGCUCAGAGACCGUAUUAUGGCAUUGCAAGCAGAGAGGCGACGUCGACCUCAAGUUCAGUCAGGAACUAAUUCCAAUCGCGGAGGUCAAACAAAUCAAUUGUCUCAACGCAGGCCUAAUUUCGAUUUAAAUUUUGGUAUAAGCGAUGACGUGCUUGCGACUUUAAUAGCUCAACCAGUAUUAAACGAGAUUGUUGGACCACAAGGUAUCAACCAAAUAAUUGCUGGAGAACCCCCGCCGUUACUGAUGCGUGAAGACAGAAGACAACUAUCUAGGUCACCUAUAACUAACGAAAUACCUCAACCGGAUAUCCGGGCAGUUCAAACAUCACCUCCGCGUGCUGAACCAAGAGUUGAACUUCAAACAAGGGGAAGAAGUAUGGGUAUUCCUGUACCCCUGAGCCGUCUUAAUUUUGCUCCCGGAACUGAAUCGAAUCCGGCCAUCGGAAAUAUGAGGGUAAUUAUGUCUGACAUAAGACCAUUUGAAGACCCUACAGUAGGAAUGAAUAUAGAUAUACCUAACCCAACCCCAGUGGAUGUCCCGGCUAAUAACCAGGUUACUGUGAGACAGCUUCCAGGAUCAAGUGUCCUGUUUGUUGAUCUAACCAGAUCUUCACCAAGUGCCCAAAUGAGAGGGUUGCAAACAGUAAACAGGACUUCUGUAGGCUCAAUGUCAGGGAACAAUGUUCUCAUGUCAAACGCUAAUCAAACAUUACCCGGAAGUAUUGGAAAUGGCGGGAAAUUACGUACAUUUCAAGAUGGAAGCGUUUCCGGUAUGAAUCCUCUAGCCGGUCGGACUCCCACACAAGACCAAUGUUUGUCACAGCGUACAGAGCUUUGGUGUGACCCAAAAGAGCCAUGGGAUGGGACGCCAGGGCUGUUUAGAUGGUGUCUUCUUAACUGUAGAGCAGACAAUUGUGAUAAUCAACGAUGCGCAUGCGCGUGUAUUGACGAAUUAUUAUUUAAAACUAAAUACGAGCAACUGUCAUUAAGAGUUCCUUAGUAAUUUUCAUGUAAUGUAAGAUUAUGGCUUUUUAUGAUUUGUUUGAUAAUAUUAUUUAUGAAAGAAUGUGUUAGAUGAAUAAUGAGUGUGUUAACAAGCUUUUGCAUAGUUGUUUACAGCAAAUCUGUCAUUGCCAAGAGGUCAACGUUUUAUAUCUUACGUUGGUGUAUAUCAAAUGUACUGGACUAUAACAAGGUGACAAUAUUAUGGCACAUAAAGAAUGACAAAUCGUACAUGUACUAGAAUAUAAUGAUGUAUGUAAUGAAUUUUUAACGUGAAGUGGACAUUCAUUGUAUAACUUAUCACACCGUGAAAUAUUUUGUUGAUACGUUAUUGUUAAUCACAUUUGCGUAAUUAUACAUGGGAGGGCAUACUCAAAUAGUGAAAUGAAAUGUGUUGCCUUCAUUUUUAUAUAUUCUACAUUUAUAUAUUAACAUGUA